AUGAGCGGUUCUUCUUCUUCUUCUUCUUCUUCUUCUUCUUCUUCUUCUUCUUCUUCUUCUUCCCUUGUACUUCCUCUCCCCCUUCUUCGCUCUCUUCUUCCCUCCUCCUCCUCCUUCUACUCCCUCCUUCUUCUUCUUCGCCUCCCCCCGUUCUUCUUCGUCUCCGCCCCUCCUCCUUCUUCUUCUUCGUAUCUGCCCUCCUCCUUCUUCUUCGUCUCCGCCCUCCUCCUUCUUUCGUCUCAGCCCUCCUCCUUCUUCUUCGUCUCCGCCCCUCCUCCUUCUUCGUCUCCGCCCCUCCUCCUUCUUCGUCUCCGCCCCUCCUCCUUCUUCUUCUUUCUGUCUUUUUCUUUACACUCGUUCUCUUUUAAUAUUAUUUUCUUUUUCUCAUUUUCAUUCCUCUUUUGUUUUUUGGUUUCUGUCUUUUUACUUUUCACUCGUCCUUUCUUAAUCUUUCUCGCGUUCUCUCUUAUUUUUUCUUCAUUUUCCUUCCUAAAUUUUUUAGUUUCAGUCUUUCUCGCGUUCUCUCUUAUUUUUUCUUCAUUUUCCUUCCUUAAUUUUUUAAUUUCAGUCUUUCUCUCGUUCUCACUUAUUUUUUCUACAUUUUCCUUCCUUAAUUUUUUAGUUUCAGUCUUUUCACUUUCAGUCUUUCUCGCGUUCUCUCUUAUUUUUUCUACAUUUUCCUUCCUUAAUUUUUUAAUUUCAGUCUUUCUCUCGUUCUCUCUUAUUUUUUCUUCAUUUUCCUUCCUUAAGUUUUUGGUUUCAGUCUUUUUCUCGUUCUCUCUUAUUUUUCUUCAUUUUCCUUCCUUAAUUUUUUUAAUUUCAGUCUUUCUCUCGUUCUCACUUAUUUUUUCUACAUUUUCCUUCCUUAAGUUUUUAGUUUCAGUCUUUCUCGCGUUCUCUCUUAUUUUUUCUACAUUUUCCUUCCUUAAUUUUUUAGUUUCAGUCUUUCUCGCGUUCUCUCUUAUUUUUUUCUUCAUUUUCCUUCCUUAA